AUGUGGAGUAUUUUUACCAAUGAAGAUUUAUCAUUGAACAUAGAGAAAAAAAAAGAAGAAAAAUAUUUAAAAAAAAUUAAAAAAAGGAGAUCUUUUGAAAAAAUUGGAAAUAAAAAUCUUUUGAGCAAAAGAUCUUUUGGUUCUCUUUCUCAAUAUGAUAGCAUAAAUUUUAAUAAAACAUUAGAUAAUAGAAAAAGAACAUUGAGAAAAAAUUUUCGAAAAAAUUAUAGAAUAGUACGAACAAAUUUAUUAAAAUUAAUAAAAAUAAUAAAGAAAUUUCCAGAAGCAAAAAAUGAAGAGGAUAGACCUGAAAGUGAAAAUGUAACUAUUGAUUUAGAAUUAAUUAAGAAAUUAAAUAAAAUUAUUAAUAAAAUAGAUGUAGAACAAUUAAAGUCAAAAAAAAGAAUAAGAAAAAAUAGAUUUAAAAAUUCAGAUGUAUUAAAAAGUAAAUUGUCAAAAAAAAGUUUUCCAAGUAAAAUAUUCCCAAUUCAAAGCAAGAAUAGUUUUAAAAGUAAUAUAAAUAUAAUAAAAAAGAAAUAUUCGAAACGAAACUUACUUUUAAGUACAGCUAAUAAUUUAAAAAAUAUCCGCAAACAAAAUUCUUAUGAAAAUAUGGGAUUAUUAUAUAGCAAUAAUUUAAAAAAUAAUUAUUAUUAUUAUAUGAAUUUAAAAAAUAAAAAACAGAAAAAUUCUAAUUUUUAUAAUGACACUAAUAAUUUAUUAGUAACUGAUUUUUACAUGUAUUCUACAUUAAACGCGAGUUUUAAUAGGUUCAAUUCUUUGAAUAAAAAAAAAAAAAAAUCACAUUUACUAAAUUCUAAAGGAAACAGUAUUUAUUUAAAAAAAGAAAAUGCUUUAUUGGGAUAUAAUAAUUUUGAAAAAAAUAUAAAAAAUAAUAGUUUACAAAAUAUAUCUUAUCCAAAGAAUUAUACUUUACUUAGUUAUCCUUAUCUUCAUAAUUUAACUGAACACUUUUAUUCACCAAAUAAAAAAAAUAUUUAUUCAAAUAAACAAAAAUUAAAAAAGUUUGUAAAGGAUGAAAAAAUUAGAAGUUUAUUAAGAACAGCAACAAAUGAAGAUGAAUUACUAAAAGCGAUUAAUGUGGCUAAGGUAGCAGGCCUGGAUUUUGAAGCGAAAUUGGGUAAUAAAAAAUUACAAAAAUUGAAGUCUAUUAGUUAA